ACAUGGCUGCUCACUGUUCAACGACGGUAUUUUUUAUUUACGUUUCGUUUGUUUUCUGCUUUAAGACAAAUAGAGGAAGACAUGGCCUGUAUCCGUAGGGAUUUUGAGUAAUAGUUCAAUAAAAUAAACUGUUAGAGUUUCGGUAAGACGGCGCUGUUUUCCCAGUCACUGACCGUCUAUGUUACCGACAGUGUGAUUUUUUUUUUUUUUUUUCCUUUCUUUUAAUUUUCGCUGAGCUGUCAAGCUGCUCAUUGGUGUCGGGCUGCGACUGAUUUGCCUUUGUUUGCGUGCUAAGCUACCCCAAAAAGACUUCAAAUUCCAUCCGGUGCUAGCCGCAAUGUUUAGUCCCGUGAAGUCUUCUUACUUCAGAGUCAGCCCGGCCAUUGUCAAUAGAGAACUCGGCAAAACCAAGAUGAGAUAGCAAGAGGGCACGUCGGAGUGCGAACACACGAUUUGCUGCGAGGCAUAACCGAAAUACAACGGAGUAAUAGCAAAACAAACCCCCAACACAGCAUGUUUGGGAAUCUUUUUGAAGAGGAGGAGGAGGAAGGCUUCUCUUCGACUUCCUCCAAGGGAAGAGUUUCAAAGGUGGGAGAUGAGCCACCUCCACCUCGAGGAAGAAGCAAUCUGUGCGGCAUUAAAAACCAGGGAGGGACCUGCUAUCUGAACUCUCUGCUCCAGACCCUGAUGUUCACCCCCGAGUUCAGAGAGGAGCUUUUCAGUUUGGGCCCAGAAGAAUUAGGAUGCCUGGAAGACAAAGAGAAACCAGAGGCUAAAGUCAGAGUGAUCCCACUGGAACUUCAGAGACUCUUUGCCCAUCUGUUGCUUGUGGACCAACAGAGUGCCUCCACUGCCAGCCUCACUGACAGCUUUGGCUGGAACAGCAGUGAGGGAACAAAUCAGCAUGAUGUGCAGGAGCUGAACAGGAUUCUGUUCAGUGCAUUGGAGCACUCUCUUGUGGGCACCAGUGGCAGUACAUUUAUUCACCGUCUCUACCAUGGAACCAUUGUCAACAGUAUUGUGUGCAAGGAGUGUGGAAAUGUCAGCCAGAGACAGGAGGACUUCCUGGACUUGACGGUGUGCGUUUGUGGUGUGUCCAGCCUGGAGGAGGCUUUAUGGAACAUGUUCGUGGAGGAAGAGCUAUUUGAGGGCAAUAACCUGUACCGCUGUGCACAGUGUAACAGAUUGGUCACUGCUGCCAAGUCUGCCAAGUUGAGGAAGCUCCCUCCGUUCAUGACUAUGUCUUUACUGAGAUUCAGCUUUGACUUUGCUAAAUGUGAGCGAUACAAGGAGACAGGACGGUACAGCUUCCCCCUCACCAUCAGCCUACGACCCUUUUGUGAACAAGCUGAUGGAGAUGAUUCUGAUUAUUCCUACGAGCUCUUCUCUGUGAUCAUCCAUAAGGGUGGCUGCUAUGGUGGUCAUUACCAUGUUUACAUCAAGGACAUUGAUAAACUUGGUCGAUGGGAGCCACCGGAGGAGGACUGUAAACCGAAAACUCAGAAGAAAGCGAAAGUGGAGGUCAAGGAAGUGCUGGAGCCAAAACUUCAGGAAGAUGACCCUUUGUCCAUCCUUACUACUAUUAUUGCCCAGGAGUCAUCAAAGAGUGUCCUGCUGGACCAGUUGGGCCAGAAACUCAUGGAUAAGAUUGGUUCAUCAUGGAGCAAAAAGUUCAGAAAACACUAUGGUCCUAUUGGCAAGUUCCUGCAGUCCCACAAUGAUGUUUUCAUGUUGGUGUCCAAUGGUACUCGAGUGGCACUGAAGGCAAACCCACCAAGCCCAGUGACUGAGCCCCCCAGCCCCGCAGAGCAUGCCACAAACCCUGAUCCUUCACCAGUUCCAGGCUCAGGAGCUUCUGAGCCUCAGCUUGCACUAAACCAGAAGCCAGAACUGGAACCAGAGCAGGGUAGCCACUGGUUUGACCUCAAUGACUCCACUGUGACCUCCAUCAGGGAGUCGGACAUAGAGAAGCAGUUCCAGGGCAAAGAGAGUGCCUACAUGCUGUUUUACAGAAAAACACAGCUGCACAGGCCCAGUGAAGCUCUGAACAAUCCCCAAUAUAAAGCUCCUUCUCACCUUAUCCAGAUGGCUCAGGAGGAGAAUAUCAGACUGCAGCAGAUGCGUGAAGCAUUUGAAGCCACUAAUAACACAGUGGAGCUGCAUCUGCACCUGGUUCCCUGCUAUAGGCUAGAAAAUGGAGCCCUUCAACCAGUCAGUAAAGAGCCAAAUGGGAGCACUGCUCUGAGUUUUGACCGUAGGAAGACUGUGGGAGACCUGCGAUUAGCUAUUUAUCAGAUGCAGGAAUUCUGGGAAGGAGAUAUGGCUCUGACUGUGGCCAAGAGUCUUCCAGCAGGUUUACACCUCUACAAUACUCUUACAGAUGACAGUGUUUCCCUGUACAGUGCAGGCAUCUGCUCAAACACAGAACUGUUUGUAUGGAAUGGCAGAGAGGUGUGCGGUGCAACUGUCCUAACUGGAGCUGAGUGGGAGCCUGUCUUGCUGACCGUAGUGCGUCCCUUUUUGAGCGAUGAUGUGGAUCAAGAGGUGAAGGAUGGUGUAGAGAGUGAGGAAAGCAGAAAAGGUUUUGAAAAUGGGGGUCCAGGGCUUAAGAGGGAAGCAAGAGGUUUUGCCGGUGGUGUGACUCUUGGGGAGGUGAGGGAGGCACUGGGGGAACCGAAGGAAAGUCUGCUGUGCCAGGAGCAUAAGGGAGGCAAAAAAAAGGAGGAGGGGGCAGGGGAGGGUGGAGGUUCAAGCGGAUGGAGAGUUAUCCCCCCUCAUGACAUGCAGCGGACACUGAAGGAGCUGUCGCUAAAAGAUGGAGAUGCACUGUUGGUGUUGGAGCCACAGUCAUUUGACAGCAGCAUGUUCACCCUAAAUGGAGAUGUUGUCACUGUGACUACACCAUCUGACUGCCGCUGGCUCCAGGUGGAGUUCCGGCCUCAUGCAAAAGGAGGUGAAGGGGAGAAGGAAGAGGAGGAGAUUAAGAAAAUCAAGGUUCCUGCCACAGGAAACAUGCUGCUGUCUAAGGUAAAACAGAGGGCCAUAGAGGAGCUGCAGUUACAGGAUCAACCCCCAGGUGCAGAGUACUGUUUGAGGCAGACUGACUGUAGUGGGAAACUCCUUCCUCCAGUAUGUGAGGAGUUGAGCGUUCGGGAUGCAGGGGUGCGACUCAUGACCACACUGACUCUCUGUCCGGGUACUAGCCCCAAGGCAUCGCAGCUUUUCUUGCACUUUACUGUGGGUGAAGCUCCCUCUGCUGGCAUGGAGAUGGCCAUAAUUGUGGAGAAAACUAGCACUGUUAAAGAGUGUCUAAAGGCAAUGCUGGAUGCAGUUGGGCUUGAUGGCACAUGUUGGCACUUGAGGAGGCUUGACUGGUGUGAGGAGGUUGGAGAGCCGCUUACAGAUGAGGAUGCUACUCUGUCAGAGUUGAAGAUCAGCAAUGGAGAGACAUUAGUUGUCACAGAAGGGCAUUUGCCUUCGAAGGGUUUCCUCAAGAUAUCUAUAUGGCUGUUUUGGGAUCCAAAAAACAUGGAAAGAGAUUUUAAUCACACUGAGAAUGGCCCUGCUGAGGGGCAGAUGCUCGAGGUUGUGCCUGCAGGAGCAACACACAGUCAGUCACCUCCUCUCUGUAAUGGAAACACUGCAGAGCUGAGACAUGCGGGGCAGAUAGAGAUAUCAGAUGAGGUCACUCUGGAGGAUCUCAAAACUCAGGUUUUGACGCUGCCUGCCCUUCAGGAGGUGUGUGUGCCCACCACUGGGUUCAUGCGUGUGUGGCAGCUGGAGGGACGGAAGCUGGCACGUAUCCUCAGAGGACAGCAAGUCACACUCAGGAAGUUGAAGCUGACCAGUGGUACAGAACUUGGUGUGCAGCCACUUCUGAAAGAGGAAGAUCUUUUGCCAAAAGAAGUGCUGCUGUAUGUUAAAAUGGGAAUACCAGGAGAGAGGUGUUACUACCCUUCAGAGGAGCUGGUUUGGAAUGCAACCCAUGAUUCCUCUCCUCGCUCUUUACGCACUUGCCUGGCUGCGCACUACGGCCUCUCUCCAGACUCUCUGCUGCUGGCCAAACACCAGCCAGACAAACACAUCUGGGAGGAAAUCUCCAACUGGACGCAACAGGUUUCCAAAAAGAAAAAGAAGAAAAAAACAGAAUCACUCAUGGGAACACCAUUCCACCUCAAAGAUGGUGACACGAUUGGCAUCAAGAAUCUUUUGAUCGACAACAACAGGGACUUCAUCACCCUGGAGGACGAGCAGGGCCAGCAGAGGCUCAGAGCACAGGCUGAGCAACGCAGGAAAGGAGGACAGGCUACAGGUGCUGAUGAAUCACAGAAGAAAGCUGGACAGACCAAAUCCAGGAAACCAGAGGUGGCACUCUCAAUCAGUGUUGGGGAAUUUAGAUAGCAUCCUUCUUCUACUGGUGCAGCUCAAGAGGAGCUGCAACACUACGUGCACACACAGUGAGAUGCCACGUUGCAUUUCGGACAAUACAACUGACAUCAGCUUUGUGCCAUUUGUUUUUCGAGUACUGUUUGCAUACUGACUCUCCACAAAUCUAAAUCAAACCUUAAAUUGCUUCCUGCUUCUCAUCUUUCUGACGGACAAAGAGAAGGAAUUUUAUUUUCGGCACUUUGAUUUGCUGUUUUGUGAUAUUUGUGAUAACUGACUUUGAUUUGAAUUGUUUCCACGCAGCAUUUCUGUUUUUAUUAGAUUACCCUUGUUUGUCUUGAUUCCACCCUCUACAAGCUUCCAAAAUUUCAGCUGGUGUUUAUGAAGAAAUUCCUGUCAAGAAAGCACUCUUUUUUUUUUUUUGUUUUUGGUGUGUGGAUCAUAUUUUAUAUUCUGAUACUGUUAGUGUCUUAGAGGGAAAUUGUUGAGUCCUUUGUCUGCUCUGGGUUGGCGGUUAUCAACUGAUGCCUGUGCUAGCUAGAGCUCCUGUUAACCAUGAGGCGGUCCAGGUCAAAAUUCAUACUUAAGCCACAGGCCAGUGAGCUAAAUUCUGGUGUUAUGUUGUCCUGUGUGACUAGCCAGUGCAGUAGGCAAUUGCCUUCAUUAUGUCAUAAUAUUCUUCAUUAGGUAACCUGUUGUAUAGUAAAUGACUAUUUUUUAGUUUUUAUAACAAACCAGUCACUGUGCAGCAUGAGCAAAAAUGUUUCUCUGGAUCAGCCGCUGUAUUGAUUUUUAGGUUGAUAAGGGAGAGGAGAGACGGGCCUUAAUGUGGAGAAGCCUCAGUGCUGCUCUGUCCUCCCUACCUCACUCUCUGCCUCUCUCACUGUACCUCCUCUGCCCUGUCAUUUUUCUUCACCCUCUAAUCUUUCUGGUUUUUAAUCAUUUUAUUUGUUUAACCUUAAACUGUUGCCCUGCUCUAUUACUGCAAAGUACCACUAAGUAUUUAGGCAAUAAUGCAUUGGUUACAUUUUUGACUCUCUGUGACUUGAUGCAUCAACUUGAGUAUAAUGGGAAAAUAAGUAAGAAUUGGACAUUAUCUAGUCUUUUAUAGUUGAAGAUUAAAACAGGAUGACCCCCCCCCCCCCCUUUUUUUUUUUUUUUUCUUUUUAACCAUUUUAUUUCAAAUUCAAAUGAGCUGUAUGGAGCAGAUACAUAAUUUUGUUAUGGAACUGUUUAAGACACCAGUGAUCCAGAUAUAUACUGUUAAACUGCUCUCCUUGAUUGUGUAGAUGUGAACACUCAUGAAGUGUCUUUGUGGAACAUUUAUUGUUUUUGUUGCAUGCACUAUAUGUAAACUUCAGGGAAUUAAAAAUAAUUCUUUAGAUAGGUUAUUUGAAAAAAGUAACAAAUAGAUACAUUACUGUAUGAACUAUGAUGUUUUGGGUGUGGGGGGGCUUAAUUUUGGCAUAAAAGAUUUUCUAAGCUGCUUUGUACAUUAAUCUGGCCUUGACUAGUGCCAAGAAUUUUCAAGUAGAAAUGUUUUUUUUUUUUACUGUUUGAAGCAGAUGCAUAAAACUGUUCUACAGUAUACUCAGCAAUACAUGGAUUUCAUUUUGUAUUGUGGUAUAAUUUACUAGGGUUAAUGAAUGCAUCUUUGGUGUUAUUGAUAAGGACUGAUCUGCUGCAUUGUACCAGUGGACAACUGUUUGUAUCCAUGUCAGACUGUAUUUGCAGAAAGUAUUUUAUGAACA